GGAAGCUGGGCGGCCCUUGAGCUUCAGGGUGCAAGAAAGGUUGGAGAAACAGGCUAGUUAGUGAGCAACCAGUUAGUCGAGGAGCCAGUUAGUUGAGCAGCCAGUUAGUCGAGGAGCCAGUUAGUUGAGCAGCCAGUUCGUGAGUAGCCAGUUUGUGAGUGGCCUGAGGUAGGGCACCCAUGCCAGGGCCUGUUUAGUGACAUAGGGGCCUGCACCCAGAACAAGUGUUUGGAGACGCAUCUAGUGAGUUGCAGUUGGUAGUGAAGUCCCUGUGCGUGUGCUGCCAUGCUGCGCUCCAUUCAUGUCGGCCGGCUGGUGUCUGUGCUCUCUGGAAGCAGCGUGCUGGUCAAGUGCCUGUGGGGGGCCGUGCUGCUCCUCUACUUGCUCACAUUUUGGUUCACAGUGACCCCUGCCUUGGCCGUCACCCCAGGCCUACUAUUGCCAACCAACCUUAGGAUCUGGACCCUUGCUACUCAUGGACUGUUGGAACUUGAUUUUUGGCAAGUACUUUGCAACCUUCUACUAACACUGGCUGCAGGGCGCUGUUUGGAACCUCUGUGGGGUGCUCCCGAACUGCUUCUCUUCUACGGAGUGGUCAGCGUUGCCGUUGGAAUCCUGGGUUCUCUCGUGUUUUUGUUGGCUUAUGCCGCAAUGGCUGAUUCCUAUUACUUGUUUUAUAUCCACAUUCAUGGCUUCCUGGCCUUUGCUGGAGCUGUCUUGGUAGCGCACAAGCAGAUCGUUGGAGACGGGCAAAUAGAGUCCAAAUGGUGGAUGCAAGCACUGCCUCAGCUAGUCUUACUGGCGGUUAUAGCCUUGCAUUUCAUUGGCCUGAUCCCAAUUCAAAAGUUUGUUGGGUACAGUCUUGGCAUGCUCUCAGGUUGGGUGUAUCUACGAUUUUACCAGCGACACAGCCGGGGCAGAGGAGAUAUGUCUGACCACUUUUCCUUUGCCAGCUUCUUCCCUGGUCCAGUGAAGCCAGCCGCUGCCCUGUUGGGGAAUGUGACGCAUGCAGCCUUGGUUAAACUGCGUCUCUGUCCACAGGCGGUGAAGAGAUAUGACGUGGGGGCUCCAUCAUCCAUCACCAUCAGCUUGCCUGGCACUGAUCCACAGGAUGCAGAGAGAAGGAGGCAGCUAGCUCUGAAGGCUCUGAAUGAACGCUUGAAGAAAGUAGAAGACCAGGUGUCGUGGCCAAACAUGGAAGAAGAAGAGGAGGAAGAGGAUGGCAAUGAAAGAGACAGCUCAUUCCUUAGUGGGGGCACUCCAGACACUCCAAGAAAUGAGCCAAGUAUAACAGUGUAACCGCCAAAUAAGCACUGCUCUGCUAGUGGUCAGACUUGUUCUGUUAAUGUUCACGUUAGAUGGACCCUCGAGAUCUUUGAGACUGGAGAUUGUGCCCCAUGUAAACACUAAACCAACAGAAAUGUAAACUGCUUUUCUAAUGUGACUGCACAACGGUUCGGCUGCAGAAGAAUGGCAUGCAGUAUCUUUGUUGUGUGUUCCUCUCACUCUACUUUAACUCUACUCUGGCAAAGGCUUAACUCACACACAAAGACCUUGCUGACUGCCAGCUUCACGCUCAGCCCAUUUCUUGUAAAACAUCACUCUUCUUGCCAGAGUUUCAGAAGCUUGAUAUAGCUGAUAUCCCAUAUAAAAGCAAGCCAUUGCUCUAUGGAAAGGAUCAUUGAGGAAGCCACCGGCUCUGAAGUAAUGGAUUGACUGCACAUCCUUAAAGGAAGUCAACACUAAGCCAUGUAUUUUUGAAGGUGUCAUCUUGCAGUUUAUCAUUGGUUCUGUACCUUGUGGUUUAACUCUUCAAAUUACUCUGCAUGGGAUUUAAGAAAAGUGUUUGGGGAUGUGAGAGAAUCUGUUUUGGUUAUUUUGUAUACAUUUUUUGGGGCGCUGUAAUAGCUGAUUCUUUUUUUUUUUUUUUUUCUGUUUGGAUUAAAUCUUUUUUGGAGA